AACUAUGGAAGAUCGUUGAAUAUUCAUAUAGAUCAGUGCAAAGAUUAUUGGUGUGCUCAAUUCUUUAUGAGAAACAGAUGGGUGGCGACCCGAGCAGAAUUGCGAAAAACCCUCACAAAAGCUCAUGAGUUGCGUAAUCGAUCCCAAAGCCCAGCAGACAGUACUUGUAGCUCUGCUUAUGAAGACUGUCAUGAUUGGGAUACAGAGAAUGAUCAAAGUAAAAUUCAUGAAGAGUCUUUGGAGGAUUCAGAUUCUGAUUUCCACUCAGCACCUGAAGACGAAUAUCAAAUCUCUACCAUUUUUAGUAAUAGCUCUAACAAAAAACGUCGUGUAAAGUAAGCUUUAUAUCAAGCAUCUCUAGUGAUUAUAUAUUUUUGCCUUGUCGUUUAUUUAUUUUUAUAAUAUAUAUAUAUAUAUAUAUAUAUAUAUAUAUAUAUAUAGGAGCGAGAGCGAAGAGCCUAUUUCAUAUAAAGAAUUUUGCAUGAUUUUAAAAAAGAAAGCCAGAUAUUUGACAAAGCAACAAUCAAUUGCACAUACCUAGGAAAAAUAGUAUAGUAUAAGUAUUAUAUUUACACCUUAUACCUUGCUCUUUUUUCUGUCUUUUCUUUCUUUCUUUCUUUUUCUUUGUAUGUCUAAUACACAAACAAAUCUCUCUC